AUGAGUUUUUCGCUCAUCCACUUCUACAUUCUUGCUUGCAUUCUGUUUUUGCGGAACGAUUAUAAUCGCUUGGCCGUCCUGUGGAUAUCUGCUGUUGAUGGGUUAUUGUUCCAGGUCUAUUUUAUUGAUUCAUAUCGCAUGUUUAUUGAUUUAGAGAAAAAGUUGCAUGACGAAUUGCGAACUGCGGUACGACUUCUUGAUUGGGGCCGGUGUUAG